UUCCUAGAGUUCAUUUUCUUCUUUUGUGUGGUGUUGGUGUUGUUAUUGCUAGGACAUCUUCAUAAUUACAAGACCACGGACCACCUGUAACGUAACAGCUUUUUCAAUGAAAAAAGUGUUGUCACCGCACGAAGAUGGCGGCACUUCAUCACGCCUGCAGGAGACCUAUGACCUAUCUAGGAAGGCAUGAUGGGAUUUCUACGGUGCGGUCUCUGUAGUAGAGCGAGCUCCCAGUGUGGAAGGAAGUAGGUUUCGACGGGAACGAGAGUGGUCUUGCGGGGUGCACUGAAGAUUUUAGAGGACACAACGCGCAGAUUUCUUCACGGACACUAAAUGGCGGAGUGGUGGAACAUUCCUGCAGUUAGUCAUGUGCUGGUGGCUCUGUUCGGAAUGGGAUCCUGGAUCUCUGUCAAUUCAUUGUGGGUGGAAUUGCCUGUGGUGGUCAAUGUUCUGCCAGAAGGCUGGAACCUUCCUGCCUAUCUCUCUAUAUUGAUUGCAUUUGGAAACGUGGGUCCAGUUGUGGUAACUCUAACACACCAUUUUGCACCAGGAAGGCUAAACGAGCGAUUGGUCAUCCAUAGCAUCCAGGCAUUGGCUGUAGUGGCCUCAGCCUUCCUUGCCAUCUUCUGGGAUGAGAUUGUGUUGGUAUCUGGAAAGAGCCACUCUGUGCCUUACCUGUUGCUCACCUUCAUUCUUGCGCUGGUGUGUUGUACUUCUAACGUUACCUUCCUACCCUUCAUGUUCCGCUACCCCUCUGUGUAUAUCCGCACCUUUUUCGUGGGCCAAGGCCUCAGUGCUCUCUUCCCCUGUGUGGUGGCACUGGGACAGGGUGUAGGAAAGCUGGAGUGCCUGAACGGGACUUCAGGAAAUGGCACUCUGUCUCCACAUUACCUUGAUGAGAAUUUCCCUGCCCGGAAUUUCUUCUGGUUCCUCUUUACAAUGCUGGGAAUAUCCGGACUGUCAUUCCUGGCCUUGUCGUUUAGGAUUCCUACUCAGCCCGCACAAGAAGAAAAAGAUCUGGGUUCUCCAUCUUCCAAAGAAGAAUCAGAAACACACCCACUUCAGAACGGUACUCCACAUGUCGCAGAGGACCAGGUGGAUGUUUCGAAGGAUUCCCCCCACAGUGCAUUCUGGACGCGUCGCAAUAUCUACCUGCUGGCACUGCUGGGCAUCUCCAAUGCUUUGACAAAUGGGAUUCUACCAUCAGUGCAGAGCUUUGCCUGUCUGCCAUAUGGUACAAUGACCUUUCACCUUUCUGUUGUCCUUGGCAACAUUGCGAACCCUUUGGCUUGCUUCAUAGCGAUGUUUGUCCUGUGCAGGUCCAGUGCUGGCCUGGGGGCCAUGUCAGUGGCCGGGGGGGCGUUUGCAACGUACCUUUUGGUUCUUGCGGCGCUCAGCCCUUGCCCUCCUCUCCUGGGAAACCCAGUAGGCGUGAGUUUAGUGGUCAUCUCGUGGAUUGUCUUCACUGCGCUGUUCUCCUACUUGAAGGUGGUCAUCGGGUCUCUGCUGCAUGAGGCCGGACACGCUGCCCUGCUGUGGUGUGGGGUGUUUAUCCAGGCAGGAUCCCUGAUAGGAGCCCUUAUUAUGUUUCCGCUGGUUAGCGUCUAUGAUAUUUUCCAAAGGGCACAGGACUGUGUAGACAACUGCAGUCUAUAAAUACAAGAUUUUACUCAGGGUGAGUUAGCAUAGCUACCCAACCCUGUUGUUUGGGGGUUGACAUUUUAUUCCAUUGCAUUCUUAAUGUGCAUUGUACAGCUGUCUUCUGUCUCUACUAUAGCCUUUAAAGCAUAAAUUGAAAGGAUUUGAGGACUGGAAAUGUUCUCUUCAAACAUACUACAGAUUUCUAUGCUUCGCUGUAACAAUGACGGCUGCUGGUGCAUAAAAUAAGUGAGAAAUCAUAAUUCAUUCUACCAUUAAUGUUUAUAAUUUACUUUAUUUUCCAUUAUAAUGCGAUUAAAUCACAAAAGGUAAUUUUCAUUUAUCAUGUGAGGGAUGAAGUAAAAAGAUAUACAAACCAAAGUCGUUUUUUAGACAUCUUGUUAGCCUAUUACAAUGCUAUGUGAUACAGCUCUCCUCCAUAGUGCAGGUUUCGUAGAUUCUGUGUCUCAACGUGUCAAUGCAGAAAAAACUUUUUAUCCUCUUGCAAUCACACUGUGCAUUACAGUGGUUAUACUGUACUCCAUACUUGCCAGCUUCACUGCAUUUGUUCAACUUAGACAAAGUCCUGUUUUUAAUUCACUUAAUAGUUGACAUUGAGUUAGUCAACACCUGCCAUGAGCACUCUGUUAAUGCACUAUGGGAGACAUUGGACACAUGGGCUAGUUCAGGUGAUUAGGAUUCUUUCAAUUGCAGUUUCUUCUUAAUUGGGGAAAAGAUGGGUGAGGAGUUAGUGUUCAGAGUUAGUAUUUCUAGUCCCAUGGUCAUUGUGUGAAUAAUAUCUGUAAAUGAAAGGAACUUAGUUUAUCAAAUGUUUUAGAAAUAAUUGCUGAUACGUCAUCCUGUUUACUUUCCAACUUUUGAAAAGAACAUCUUUAUUGAUUAACAUACUGUCAAUUUCAAACUUUUAAAACAAAUUCAAUGGCUCUUCGAUCUUUAACACAAAUCAAAGUAUCCAGAGUGAAAAAAAUGAAACAAUAACUAAUAAAAAUUGAAUGAAUAAGCCAAAGAUUAUUUGGCAAAAUACCAAAUCUUUUAAAACAUAUCUUUCAAAAUGCAUGACUAGGGCUUAAUCCUUCCCUAACCCUAAAGUUAUGACAUAAAACUGCAAAAAAAUGUAAAACUUUUUUAUAGACGAGGCACUGAUAAUUUAAUGUGUGAAUAGGUCAAAUUAUGAAGUUGCUUAAUAUGUUUAAUAUGAAUGAGGCGAAUCGUCUGGGGCUCUGUUGGGAAAAUCAGAGGCUGGUAGUGUGUGUGGCUGCUAUUAACAGCCAUCCAGUUUGUAUACCUGUGAAGUCUUCUUUGCAUAGGGUUAGAGCUGCUGCCUCAUGGGCUUCUGUCUCAUUGCUCUCCUACAGCCUGGACAAACACAUCUGUGUUCACUGUUCACUAGUGUCUGAGCCCUAGAUGCCACACGUUGUCCCUCCUGGCUCAUCCCACAGAUCUCACAAAUAAACUACUCGUUGUCUGUGUUUUUUCUUGUCAUUACAUUAAAAAUAAAUUCAUAAUUUGUUUAGCUUUUCCUGAAAGUCAGUAUAGAAAUAUUUCGGAAUACUACAUUUCGAAAAUACAUGUGAUUUAAAAAGGGGCUUCACUCAGUUUUGUCAUUAUAAUUAUUUAAACCGUACAUAUUACCAAUUAUGUUUUCAUGGAUUUUUAAGAGUAAAUCUUUGUAGUGAGCAGUAAAAAACACUCCAGGUGAAUUGACUGGGUUUAGACAUGGGUACCAAUAUUUGUCUGUAAUACAUCAUUUAUGUCUGAGGAGUAUCUACUCCACUACUCAUGAAGUAGUUGAUAUGAAAACAUGAAGACAUUGUUGAUAUAUCAACAUAAUGUUGUUUAAUAUGCAUCUAUCCCCAUGAAAGAUACUGUUUGAUUUGAAGGGUGACAGAACCUUUUUCCUAAUAUGUCAUACGCAGCACUUUGACUACCAAGUAAGAGGAGUCUGACGCCUUUCUAGUUCCAGACAGGGGAACAAGGCAACCCCUCUCAUUAACUACCUAAAAUUAACGACUUCCCACCUAUUGUGACUAAGGCUGCCUCUAUUUGCUGUCCACCUUUGCCAUGCAAGUCAGUGUGGAAGAGGAUUUGGUCAUGAUAAGGUCUGAAGCACCAUGAACCAUAAUCUGCCAAAUGUUUUUGGAGUGUCUGUCACUAAUUGGACUGUGUCAAGUUCAGUGGUGCAGAAGUCAAAUGUCCUGGUCCUGCCUUUCUUUGGAAUACCUGGAUGGACUAAGACCAUAUUAUUAGUCUUACAUGGUCUAAUGUACAAGAAAUAGUAACUGGGUAGAAAGCAGCUUCUUUUCUGUUUUUAAUAUAUCAACACAAAUCUAAAAUACACUUUCAGGGUAUGUCAUUCUUUUCUUUAUUGAUUCAUUUGAUUUUUUAUGUAUUACAGUAUAAAUGCUGGAAGUAUU